GGGAAAAAAGUUGGUCGGUUGAUCCAAGUCCAUGACAAAGAUAUUGGAUAUACUUGUCAGUUCAGCUUAUUGGGUUCCGUGGGAUGGUGUGAUUAGUUACUUGUUAUUCUAUAUUUUAUCAAAAAAGAGUGUUCACGGAAGAAAAGAGGAACGCUCUCAAAUUAUGGAGCCAAAACGUUGAUACUAAUUGAAAAUAUUACAAUAACAGUAACGAGUAGUGCACACCUUUGAGCUGCUGGGCUGCAUUCAGGGCCUUAGGCUACCAACUGAAUAUAUAAAUAUUGAUUCAGUCGUGAUGAACUAUUCUGAGAAAUCUAAUUAAUCAAAUUUUCCCUCUCUAUUUCGUCACAAUCAAGUUGAGUUGACUACUGUCGGGCAAAUGUUACAUCAAAUAAUCAUCGUGGAUUUACUGACACUGAGAAAAAUCCUCUGUAUGCAAUAAGUUAACCUUGAUGGUUUUCAGCUACAUGCGGUUUGAUAUCACUUUGGAAAGUUCAGGGUGGAAGUUAAAAGGAACCAUUUAUUCCAUCACAAUAAUGUCCACUACAGCUGUAGCGGACACCUAAUUUUCAUAUUUUAUUUGGAGCUAUGGAUAACUCAGUAACAAAUGUUUUCACUCUUGUCACCACGGAUUAGGUUUCUGAACCAAAGGUUACUAGACAACCGGUAUAUAAAGGCAUUUUUAAGGUUGUGGUCGAAUAAAUAAAUAGUGUAGGAUACUACUUAACACCAUUUAAUUAGUCUUUAUGUAAAUUCUGGAGAGUAAUAUAGUAUUCGGUCUCUGCUACGAAAAAUUUCGAAUUUUGCUUUCACAGUUUGACUUUUGAGAUUUUAUUGCCGUGCUCAAGACUCUUCUAAGGUUGAAUUACUUGAGUAUUUUUUUUAUCUAACCGAUUUUUGUGGGAGAGUUUUCAUUCCAUCAGUUAUGUGGAAAUUUCUAAAUUUUCAGAUGUUAUAUACUGUUCUUUUUGCCUUUCGGAGUUGGCAAUCUUAAGAAAACCCGAAACUAUGUAGUUUAAAUGGUUCAAAAUUUGUCAAACUGCGACGCAAUUAGGCACUUCAUCAAGAGUUGUAAAGGCUAGAGCCAUGUAUUUAAUGAACAUUUUUAGAUUGUGACUGUAGUACUAGGGCCCUUUUCAAUUGAUAGUUAAUCUUUAUUCAUGAUUUGUAAUCAACUUUGAUUACUGAUGGUUAGACAUAUAAGCAAAUAUAUAUUAGAAAACAGACUUAUGUAGUUUAGUUUUGUCUAAAGUACAACAGAGGUUUCGAACUGCUUUUUUCGGAAUAUUAUACUGUAUCGCGUCAUGUACCUUCUAGAAGAGAUUAAAUGGGGAGCAAUACAGUGAUCGUCAAGUUGCCAGACAUCACAUGGAGUUUCUAUUGAACUUGAGAUUUGAUGAAUCGGUGUAUGACGAAAUAUUGCCAGUGUCGUUAGUAUCAUCACAGGAUAAAUUGUGGAACUUUUAUAAACCGUCAAAUAGAGUUCACUAUAUAAGGAAAACUGGACCCGGAAUAAAAUGUGGUUCUAGAAUUUUCUUUCCAAACAAGUCGGAUAAAGUGAACUCAAAACUCGUUGUGAAUUAUAAUCAGGUUGACGUCAGGUAUGGUUUUCAUCAAAAAAGAAACGUAACACGAAUGGCAUUGCCUGAGACAUCCAAUAAAAAGAAAAUUCACAGUAAACCAAAAUCAUGUAGCCAGGAAUUGGACAAAUUUGGCGUGAAAGCCACCAUGAAUUGCACAAAGGUAAUAUCAAAAAUAAAUUCACAAACAAAACUGUCAGAGUUUCAUUUUGAUUUCUUAAAUAUCCCCACAUUGAUAAACUGUGAAAGUCAAUCUGAUAGCUAUUUCGCGGAUAACUUUGAUAAAACAUCAAAAAAAUAUAAAUCAGAGUGCUUGAACUUUGAAGAUUCAUUGAAGUUUAGGAAAGUUUUGAAGGAAGAGUUAUAUAGUAAUCUUUUUGAUCAAACAACUAUGAAAUCUGAAUUAAAGAACGCUUUGUUUCACUGGGCUACUGAAUGUGGGAUCGAAAUCAGAAAAAUUUCAUCAAAUGAAAUCGAUAAUGUUUUUAACCAGUUAAAUAUAAUAGAUGCAAUGAUUCAGUUGCAAACAAUUGUCUCUAUAGGAAUUUUUGAAGCAAAUCCAAACAGUGAACAGAUUGCUAUUCUCCGUGGUUUCCUUUUGCGCAAUAAUCACGAAAUUGUUUUAGCUACUUGCUUGUGUCUUAAUAUAAUAGGCUAUUCUAAUCAAACAUGUAUUGAAAAACUAAAUACUUUGAUCACAAUGGAUCAAAGCUUAUUAUAUAUGAAAUCAUCAAAUAACAAAAUAUCAUCUACAUCUUUGAAUCUAUUGAAAUGGGCAUCAUCAAUUUGUUUAUGUAAAUUAGAUCAAUGUAAUUUAAAAGCAUUGGAUAUUUUAACUAAUCUUCUAUUUGAUCAGUUAAUUCAAUUUAUUCCCGAACAAUAUCCAAACAAAGCUUACUAUACUCAAAUGAAAGAGUUCAAUGAUUCAUUGAAUAAAUCAUUAAAUUUAGAAGAUAAAUAUAUGAACUCAUUUGUUUCGAUUCUUUCUAAUCUCAUAAAAUUUGAUAUAAACAAAUCAAAUAUCUUUUUAAAUAGAAUUAUCUACUAUUCUGAAAUUAAGAUGAUUUUACGUCUUAGUAAGAAUCAUUCACAAAUUGAACAUUACUUGACUGAAUUUUUGAAUUCACCAAAUUGGAGAAUAAGAUUAUGUUCAUGUUGGCUUCUAUCCAUUUUAUUGUGUGAUUUAAGUAAAGAUACACUUACAAGAAUAAAUCGUCUUAUGCUAUUAGACUGGAAUACUAUGUUACGGAUAGCUUCACUUCAUUGUCUGGAGAUAAAUUUAAAAGGGAUAGAUGUAUCUUUAUUAUGGUCAAAUCGUUUAUUCAAUGACCCAUUUUUGUCCAAUGAUAACAAUAGUACUAUAAUAAAUAAAAUAAUUCAUGACUUAUCUAUAACCCCUAAAUCAAUCCCUUAUCGUCGUGCUCAGAGAAUUUACCAAUUAGCUAUGAAUGGUCUUUCACACGAUGAUUUAAUCAAACAGCUUCAUUUGGCUUUAAUGGAUGAAUGUAGUUGUGUACGUAAAAUGGCAUGUGUUAUCAUUGAGCAACAGGACGUAGCUACAGAAACAGUCAUUUUUAAUGGAUUGCUUAACAUUUUAAAGAAUGAUAUGAAUGAUAACGUUAAAAUAAUGGCUAUAAAAGGUGGGCUAUAAUAGAUUAUUUACACUAUUUUCUCGAAGCUUCCGUAAUAGUAAUAGUAAAUUUUUGAAACAUGAAAAUCAUUUACAAAAUUCGCACUCACGAUGAUGUUUGAUCAAAAAAUAUAAUCCUUCGUAGAAUUCAAUACAGUUUGCAAAAGAAAUACGCACAUACCACUAAGAAGCUUAGUUAUGUGGCAAGCCCAUUUGGCCACUGUAUCAUAUGUCUAUUCAUUGUAACUUAGACUCUUAAUUCACUAUGUUAAUUUCGGAGUGUAUGAUCGAAUGCAUGUCUGUACAUUAACUUUUAAACUAUUUUCCUAUUGGUUUCAACGUGCAGAUAAUCGAUAAUUUAUCUACACCCGAUUAACCCUCAAAUAUAUAUGGAUUUUUAACAAACUCACUCACUCUCUCUGUUCUCAUCGUGUGCUUGCUCACAAUACGCUUGUGGAUUAUCAUUAUUCAUUAAUAAUAAACUAUAUCCAUAACUGG